AUGGCCGCCGACGUUUUCACGUGCUCCCCUCGCCGGCUGCGCGGCCGGGGUCGCCCGGUGUUGCCCAAGUCCCAAGUUCCCGAGGACGAUGACGACUCGGAUACAGACGAGCCGUCCUUGCUGCCAGCCUCAGGGGCGGCCACCGUGGCCCGGGCCCACGCGAGCGCCGCCCCGCCGCCGCCCCGGGCCGGACCCGGCCGCGACGAGCCUCCGCGCCGCCAGCAGAUCAUCCACAGCGGCCACUUCAUGGUGUCGUCGCCGCAUCGCGAGCACCCGCCCAAGAAAGGUUACGAUUUCGACACGGUCAACAAGCAGACGUGCCAGACCUACAGCUUCGGCAAGACCAGCUCCUGCCACCUGUCCAUCGACGCCUCACUCACCAAGCUCUUCGAGUGCAUGACCCUGGCCUACAGUGGGAAGCUGGUGUCUCCCAAGUGGAAGAAUUUCAAAGGCCUGAAGCUCCAGUGGAGGGACAAGAUCCGACUCAACAACGCCAUCUGGCGGGCGUGGUACAUGCAAUAUUUGGAGAAGCGCAAGAAUCCUGUGUGCCACUUUGUCACGCCCCUCGAUGGCUCUGUGGAUGUGGAUGAGCAUCGCCGGCCGGAGGCCAUCACCACGGAAGGGAAGUACUGGAAGAGUCGCAUAGAGAUUGUCAUCAGAGAGUAUCACAAGUGGAGAACCUACUUCAAGAAAAGGCUACAGCAGCACAAGGAUGAGGACCUGUCCAGCCUGGCCCAGGAUGACGACAUGCUCUUCUGGCACAAACAUGGAGACGGAUGGAAGACCCCAGUCCCCAUGGAGGAGGACCCACUUCUGGACACCGACAUGCUCAUGUCUGAGUUCAGCGACACCCUCUUUUCCACACUGUCUUCUCACCAGCCCGUGGCCUGGCCCAACCCCCGCGAGAUAGCACAUCUGGGCAACGCAGACAUGAUCCAGCCGGGAUUGAUGCCUCUACAGCCCAACCUGGACUUCAUGGACACAUUUGAGCCUUUCCAGGACCUCUUCUCCAUCCGCUCCAUCUUUGGCUCCAUGCUGCCUGCCCCAGCCCCAGCCCCAGUCCCUGAUCCCAGCAAUCCCCCCACCCAGGAGAACAUCUUGCCAACCGCCACCCUCCCCAACGUGAGCCUGCCAGACAACUUCAUUUCAUCUGCUGCCCCUGCCUCUCUGGACACCUCGGAGCAGCAGAGUUGUGACCAUGGCCCUCGCUCUCGGGACCCCUUUGUCCAGCCCACAGACUUUGGCCCCUCAGAGCCCCCUCUGACUGUCCCCCAGCCCUUCCUUCCUGUCUUCACAUUGCCCCUGCUCUCCCCUAGCCCUGCCCCCACGCCGGCUUCACCCUCCUUGCCUCUGGUUCCCCCUACCCCACCUGCCCUGCGCCCUCCAGCGCCCCCUACCUUCCUUCAGACACAGCAGGUCAGAGCCAGCCAGCCCCCCUCUGUCAUCACCCACACAGCCUCCACCACCACCUUCAGCCAGAGCCAGGGCCUGGUGGUCACGACCCGCCCCCCCACCUCCCCCUGUGACUUGGCACUGUCUCCUGUUGUUGGGCCCUCACAACCCUGUUUAACUUUUGUGCCUCCCAAACCUGUAUCCUUGACCGGGGUGAGGCCCAAGCAGCCCCCUAAAAUAGUGCCUGCCCCCAAACCAGAGCCUGUGUCAUUGGUAUUGAAGAAUGCCUGCAUCACCCCAGCUGCCUUCCCAGGCCGGCCACAAGCAGUGAUAAUGACGUCAGGCCCACUGAAGAGAGAAGGGAUGCAGGCCACCUCCACCGUAUCCCAGUCCAGCAUGGUCAUCACACCCACUGCCAUCGCCAGGGCUCCUGGGGUCACGGAGUUCCACAGCAGCAUCCUAGUGACCACAGACAUCGGCCACAGCUCUGGCAGCCAGCUACCCAUCCCCCGGCUCUUCUCCCCAAGCACCGUGCCAGAUACCCUGGUGAAGGGCGAGCAGGGCCUGUUGCAUGGGGGUGGCACCCUGCUUCCCGCUGUGGGUCCCAGCCGAGACUGUCCCAGCUCCGGGCAGGCCUCUCCGUGCGCAUCCGAGCAAAGCCCCAGCCCCCAGUCCCCCCAGAACAGCUGCUCUGGGAAAUCUACUGACCACAAGAAUGUGACAGCAUUAAAGAACCGACAAAUGAAGCACAUUUCAGCUGAACAGAAGAGGCGCUUCAACAUCAAGAUAGGCUUUGACACCCUGAAUGGCCUGAUUGCCAAUAGCUCCAAGCUGACCAGCCACGCCAUCACCCUGCAGAAGACCGUGGAGUACAUCACCAAGCUGCAGCAGGAGCGGGGCCAGCUGCAGGAGGAGGCCCGGCAGCUGCGGGAGGAGAUCGAGGCACUGAAUGCCACCAUCAUCUCCUGCCAGCAGCUGCUCCCUGCCACCGGUGUCCCUGUCGCCAGGCAUCAAUUUGAUCACAUGAGAGACAUGUUUGACGAGUACGUGAAGAGCCGGACCCUGCAGAAUUGGAAGUUCUGGAUUUUCAGCAUCAUCAUCAAGCCCCUGUUUGAGUCCUUCAAGGGGAUGGUGUCCACCGGUAGCCUGGAGGAGCUUCACCGGACAGCACUCUCCUGGCUUGAUCAGCGCUGCUCCCUGCCCGUCCUCAGGCCAAUGGUGCUGAGCACGCUUCGCCACCUGAGCACCACCACCUCCGUUCUGACAAACCCGGCCCAGCUGCCAGAACAGGCUUCCAAGGCCAUCACCGGGAUUGGCAAGAGAGCAGGCGAGUCUUAG